AUGCAUAAAUUGAGAUAAUUACAAGAGAAGGAUUAAAGAUUUUCUCCUGUUGAAUAGGAUUUCAUUCCCUUUAUCAAAGAACGAGAUAACAUGGGUAAAUUACCUAAUUCCUAUCGAAGUUUAAGAUCUAAAAACUUAAUUGAUACUAGGAUUAGGGAUACAAUUAGUAGUAAUAAAAGUCAAAAAAGUAAAACCAAAAUAAACUUCCUCAAAGAUGUUUAUACUAUCAAUCAUAAUACAUAUUGGGCUAAUCUAACAAAUGUUUCGAAAGUUGAAAAGAAAUUCAACUUAAAAAUUAAGACAGAAUAUGUUGAGUAGAAGUAAUUAAUUUCUCUAAAUCAAAAAUUAUAAUUGAAUGCUGGCAUUGUUUAACAUAGAACUUAGACACAAAUAUAUGAUUCUCCUAAAUUAGGUAGAAAUCUAAGUAUGAAUACAAUACCUCCUCUUGGGUAUUACUAAACUUAAGAUAUUAAUAUCAAAAAAUAACCUAUGUUUGUCAAAAUGAAAUUAUAAAAUGACUCUAAACUUAAAGAAUGUAAAAUAAUUAAAACAGAACCUUGCCAACAAAUUUAAGUGCCUAAAUUAGAACUAUCGAAUUUAAGAAUUUAAAAUAAAAUUCCAUAAGAAUUAUUAAACAAAGCAUAUUAAACAGAAAGGCUAUCAACAGAAUAUAAAUUUAGAUACACUCCUUUGCAUUUCGAUAAUGAAGUAAUAGAAUAAUAAGAGAAUAAAAUUAAAUAAUUAAGAUAAUAAUAUAAAGUUAUUAAAAGCACUUAAAUUUGA